UAAUUUUCCUCUUCAUCGCUUUCAAAAAAGCAAAAACGACUUGGAAACUUCAAUCCUCUCUGCAACGCAUUCAAGAACUCAUAUACCCUGCUAUACACGUACGGUUCAAACCCCAACGUAGUGGCACGAAGAUUAAUUAUUUAUUUCCCGCCAAUUAUUUAUUCGAAUUUUCUUUGAAUUUCUGGUCGGGUUGAUUGUUAUCGGGGAAAAAAAAUGGAGAGAUUUUCGCACAGAGAGAGUGUACUUUUGGGGUAUAGCGCUAGCCCUCUAGGAUCGAUAUCCCUCACAAACUCCAAUUCUUCACCCAGGACCCCUUGCAGAUCCUCCGACGUCUUUGAUUUUCACGAUGUGUUCGGAGGGCCACCGAGGCGGGCAUCGGCGCAAGAGAAGCGGUGCAGUUUCAGCGAAGCCACGGAGUUUUAUGGAGAAGGAGGCGAUCAUGAAGCGCUUUCAUGUACGCGUCUUGGUGAGAAGCCGGUGUUUGGGGAAGAAAAUGCUAACCGAAGGCGGUAUACAAGCAAUGAUUUCUUCGAUGACAUUUUUCGAGGCGACGAGUCGUUGAGUUCUACUCCGAGGAAGCGUGAUAGGGACCCUUUUGCUUCGGCGCCAGGUUCGCGGGUUCUCAGCCCUGCCCGGCCACUUCCACCCAAAGCGGAGCCCUUUGGGAGUUCAUCAAUGCCUCCAGAAUUCAGCCUACCUGCCAGAUUGGGCAAAGGGAUGGAGUUGGAUGUAUUUGGUGGUUCCACAAGUCGUAAUCCACCUAAAAACAAGGACAGUUCAUCCAGUGGAGUUAGCUUUUCGUCUUCUUCAAGUUCCAAUCUUUCUAGAUUUUCAAGCCAAUCAGUCCAAAGCCAAGAGGAGCUGGGAAAUGAUGUUCAAUCAUGUCAUCGCCAACGUCCUUUAUCCCGGGAGGUCUUUCUUGCUCUUGGCAGUGAGGGCUCAUCAAACUCGAUUAAAUCUGAUAAAAUGGAGCCCAAUGGUUCAGAGGUUCCAAGCGACAGCAAUCAAUUUCACUUCUCAAUAUAUAAAUGGGCUAGCAAAGGAGUUCCAUUGGCGAUGCCUUAUAGAGGAGGGAGUUCAAGAAUGAAAGAAUCUGUGAAAUUUGAGAGAUGCUCAAGCUGGAAUGCGUGGCUAGCAAGUGAGAGGAAGGCGAGGAUAUGCAACAGACAAGAAAUUGAUUCAACUCUUCUCACGCCUGAAUCAGAACCCCUGAGCAGCCUUCGAAGGGUUGUUGAAGAUGUUCCUGGCAAUGCAAUCUUGCACGAUUUCUGUGAUACAGCCGAGAAAGAAAUUACUGUGCUUACAGAAGAAGUUCACAAGCCUGUGUUGAAACCCCAAUGUUCCCUGUUCUUUGAUGACGAUUGUGAACAAGGCACUAAUGCAAUCCCUGAAAAAGGUGAAGGUAAGGAAAGCACGGUCAAAAGCGCAAAAAAUCCAUCUUCAGUUGUUGAUGCAAGCAAAAAUGUAAAGAAACAGGAUGGAAAAAGAACUGCUCUGAAUCAGAAUGAUGUAGAAGCCGAUAAAGGUAGUUUCCGAGAUUUACCCAUUCACCCAGGUGACAAUCUUGGGAGGAACAGAGUUAAGGGAAAGGUCAAAGAAUUUGUCAAAAUUUUCAGCCAAGAAGCUUCUCCAAAACCCAAAGAAGAUAUUGGCUCUCGAAGUCAGAGCUCUAAAUGGAAGAAAAAAAGCACUUACAGAGCAGAGAAUGAAAUUAGUGUUAGCGCAGCUGGAUUAGAUGAGAAAAUUCCCAGGACCCUUGUAAACAACACCAUCCCAGAGGCUUCCAUCAUGGCGGAUGAAUCCCUGAAACAGUCAGAGAAAGAACAUUCCGCUAUGAAGACCACCAACCAUAUAUUUAGUGAUACUUCUUCAGGACAAAAGGAUAACUCAUCAUCAACUACCGCAUCCAUUUCUAAUGGCUCAAAGGCUACAACAAUGGAAGUCACAGAUGAGUCCUUCCAUGUGAACUUCCAGACAAAGGAUUUAACCCAUGGUGCGAAUGAACUGCCACAAAGCGGUGAUGAUCACGAAGAAAUUCAGGGUAUUGAUGCUAAAAUACGACAGUGGUCCAAUGGAAAGAAAGGAAAUAUACGCUCAUUGCUAUCAACUUUACAAUAUGUUCUUUGGCCUGAGAGCGGGUGGAAGCCUGUACCUCUUGUUGAUAUAAUUGAAGGAAACUCUGUGAAAAGAGCGUAUCAAAAAGCUUUACUCUGUCUACACCCAGAUAAGCUACAGCAGAAGGGUGCUGCUUCGCAUCAAAAAUACAUUGCAGAACAAGUUUUCGAGAUUUUGCAGGAUGCUUGGAAUCAAUUCAACUCACUUGGGUCAUUGUGACUAUUUAGUCAUCCAUGGCAAUAUUCGGUCUGUCAACAAGAACACAGAUCGUCAGGUGCUUCAAAUCCAAAUGAAAUCCGAAUGAAUAGAGGAGAUAUAGGCUUAUAGCAUUACUCCCAUUUUGACUGUGGACACUGGAAAAGUUAUGUUAUGCUAGUAUACCAGAAAAAGUAAUAUUUUAAAAGCA